GUCUCGCACCUUGUUCCAUAGGAAGACAGAGGAAGAAGAAGAAGAGUAGUGAGAGUCGUAGUAGUAGCCAAGACAAGAAGAAAGGGAGGCAUGGCAGGUAGCUUACCAUUGGAGGUGGCUCUGAAAUCUCCGGCCGACAAGUUUUGGGCAGCCAUCAGAGAUUCGACCGAGCUCUUCCCAAAGAUCUUCCCUGACCAGUACAAGAGCAUCAAGGUAGUCGAAGGCGAUGGCAAGAGUGUCGGCUCCAUUAGGGUCAUAGACUAUGCUGAAGGGAUGCCUGUCUCAUAUUCCAAAGAGAAGAUCAAAGUAGCCGAUGAUGCCACCAAGAAGGUGACUUAUGCUGUGGUGGAUGGAGAUAUCCUAAGUUUCUACAAGGUUUUCGAGGCAACUCUCCAAGUUGUGCUCUCAGCUGAUGCCAAGUCAAGUGUGGCUAAGUGGGACAUCCACUAUGAGAAGGCUAACCCUGAUGUCCCUGAACCUAAUCUCAUCCAAGAUUUAGCCUCCAAGACCUUCAAAGCUUUGGAUGACCAUGUCAUGGGUGCUGCUUGAUUUUAAAGAUAAGAAGGUGCUUCCUGAGAAAGAAAUCAUGAAUAUGCUUCUUCUCUAAAUAAUGUCUCUUAAGGUUACUUUCAAUUGGUAGGUGGUUGCCACUCGUGAGAGACAAACCAGCUCCUGUUUAUUUGCUAUUGUAAUUGUGCUUGUGGUCGCUAGUCUAAUAGAUUAAAAGCGAGUGUUCUCCCUUGUAAUGAAAUGAAUUGUUUGAAUAUUGCAAGUAAGCAAUCAUGGGUGCUACAGUA